UGUGUGAUGAAGAGGGAAAAAGAGAAAGGAAAGGUAGGAAAAGGAACCGGCGGAGAGAAAAAAAAAAAGGGACUGACUGUGCGCACGUGCCUCCUGCUGAAAAUGGGAUAGCGCCGGUAGCUUUCCGCGGGCAACGAGAAUGAGGUUAUCGUCCUCCGCGGCCGUUACUAUCGCUGCAUCAGCGCAGGUCUAGUCGACUUGCCCGUGGCUGGCACCCCUCUUUCUUCCUCUCUUUCCGUUCUUCUUCCCGAGAUAAAAGUCAUCUUGCUGGGUCCGGGAGACACAAUGUCCCUGAAUCGUUGUUCGCGCCAGGCAUCGCGGUUGAUUCCCUUGUCUGGGGCCUCCGCCAGACCUUCAUCCGUCCUCACUGGCAGGUAUCGUCUCGACUGCUUCGGGGCCACCCUUCAACGGAGAAAUGCCUCCUCUUCAAGUCAUGAUACCCAGCAGAGUUUGCUCUCCGCACACCUCGAAGACUCCGACUCCGCGGUUUACAAUAUCUUGGAGAAGGAGAAGAAUCGCCAGCAGCACUUCAUCAAUCUUAUCCCUUCCGAGAACUUCACGUCGCAAGCUGUCUUGGAGGCGCUGGGCAGUGUAAUGCAAAACAAAUACUCCGAGGGAUAUCCCGGAGCGAGAUACUAUGGAGGUAACCAGUAUAUCGACGAGAUGGAGAGGCUAUGUCAACAGCGUGCUUUGGAGACGUUCCGGUUGGAUCCCGAGGAAUGGGGUGUGAACGUACAACCACUUUCUGGCUCACCGGCCAACCUGUAUGCAAUUUCCGCUAUCCUCGAUACUCACGACCGUCUGAUGGGACUCGACUUGCCCCAUGGUGGACACCUUUCACACGGUUAUCAGACGCCAACGAAGAAGAUCUCUUUCAUCUCGAAAUACUUUGAAACGCUACCUUACCGACUAAAUGAGUCCACAGGCCUCAUCGACUACGACGAGCUCCAGAAACUGGCACUUCUGUACCGACCUAAGCUCAUUAUUGCGGGAACGUCGGCAUACAGCAGGUUGAUCGAUUAUCCCAGGAUGCGUGCAAUUGCUGACUCGAUCAAUGCAUAUUUACUGAGCGAUAUGGCACAUAUCUCAGGAUUGGUGGCUGCCGAUGUCCUCCCAUCCCCAUUUCCGCAGUCUGACAUUGUCACAACCACUACUCACAAAUCCUUGCGUGGACCGCGUGGUGCUAUGAUUUUCUACCGCAAGGGUGUCCGCCGGGUGGACAAAAAGGGCAACAAGGAAAUGUACGGGCUGGAAAACGCUAUCAACGCAUCUGUCUUUCCGGGACACCAGGGUGGUCCUCACAACCACACCAUUACCGCACUGGCGGUUGCGCUCAAACAGGCCCAGAGCAAAAACUUCCGCGUGUAUCAGGAAACGGUCCUUGCCAACGCUAAAGCGCUGGCAACACGACUGGGCAACUCCACCAGCAACGGUGGCCUGGGAUACAACAUUGUUUCUGGUGGCACGGAUAACCAUCUAGUCCUGGUGGAUCUGAAGAACCGCGGGGUCGACGGAGCUCGUGUAGAGCGUGUGUUGGAGCUGUGUGGCGUCGCCAGCAAUAAGAACACCGUCCCAGGGGACAAGUCAGCAUUGAAACCCGGCGGUCUACGAUUAGGGACGCCAGCCAUGACAUCUCGUGGGUUCCAGCCAGAGGAUUUCGUGCGAGUAGCAGAGAUAGUUGACCGGGCGGUUAUCAUCACUCAGAAGCUGGACAAGAUGGCUCGAGAAAGCGCAGACGCCAAGGGAGUCAAGAACCCAGCCAGCGUUAAGGCCUUCCUGGAGUAUCUGGGCGAGGGAGAGGAAUUCCCUGACAUUGUGCUUUUACGGAAGGAAGUAGAGGAUUGGGUAGGAACAUUUAGCCUCCCAUGGGCGAAGUAUGAGUAGGUGGUAUCCAUUAUUUUGAGCUGAUUCGUGGACUGUUCCUGUUCCUGUGGGAAUUGCGUUAAAACUGUUCGGUCCACGGAGGCCUGAUAAGGUAUUGUGUUUAUCUGCAUGUACAUUUCCUCUGAUGACUAGGUUUGAUAGUUGAAUAUAUAGGCAUUGCCUAUUCAUGAGUGCCAUCUACUGGUUUAAAUCUGUUGCCGUAUUAUUGUUUCGGGUUCUCGCGUACUUAGUGAA